UGUGACGCAAACACUCACAUCCAUGUUUCACAACAACAAAGGAUGAUGGAUAAAUGAAGUUUCUAAAUUGCUUUGUGCUGCAUGGCUGUAGUGUUAUGAAAUGUUGCUGUCUUUCUCAACUGUCUGCAACUUUAAAUAUGCAGUUAAAGCGGGAAUGAGCGAUACAAUCAAAAUCUGCAAACCGUGAAGGUGGAAGGUCUGCUUUCCAGAAGCUAAAAUGAUUCGCAUUGCAGCACUAAAUGCUGCUUCGACAGCUGCAGAUGAGUCUCAAGAUCCUCUGAGAAAUAACAAGAGUCAGACAAAAGAGGCUCAAGAAGCUGAGGCCUUUGCUUUGUAUCACAAAGCUUUGGAUCUGCAAAAACAUGACAAGUUUGAGGAGUCUGCGAAGGCCUAUCAUGAGCUUCUCAAAACUCCACUGCUCAAAGAGGCCAUGCCCUCAGACGAUCAGAGAGUGGGUCUUAAGCAUCCCGGACUGAUGUUGAAAUAUUCCACUUUCAAAAACUUGGCAAGUAUGGCCGCGUCGCGGGAUGACCUAGAGACUGCUAUGGAGUUUUAUUUAGAGGCAGUGAUGUUGGAUUCCACUGAUGUAAACAUGUGGUACAAAAUUGGUCAGGUUGCUGUGCGACUGGUGCGCAUUCCUCUAGCUCGUCAUGCGUUUGAGGAGGGAUUGCACUGCAACCCAGACCACUGGCCCUGCCUGGACAACCUCAUAACUAUUCUCUACACACUCAGUGACUACACCUGCUGCUUGUACUUCAUUGCCAAAGCCCUGGAGAAGGAUCAUUGUUACACAAAAGGCCUGGUGUUGAAGGAAAAAAUGUUUGAGGAGCAGCCUUGUCUGAAGAGGGAUACAAUGCAGAUGUUCAUGAAAUGCGAUAUGUCUAUUCACUAUGUGGAGGUGGAAGAAGAGGAACGCAAAUCGAUUGUGGAAGAGGCACUGGACAUACGGAGACGCAGACAAGCGCUCUCACACUGUGAACCUCCACCCGACCUCGUCCUGAUUCAGCCCAUCCGCUGCCUCUCUUGGAAGCAUGUGGGCGAAAGUCUUCUAGCAAUGUACAGACAUCAGACCACAUGUGAGCCUCCUCGCCCGAGCCUUGGCCGCAGAAUUGACCUGUCAGAAUACCAAGACCCAAACUUCCUUCAGAACCUUCCCCAGCCGUCCAGCCCUGUCAGUAUGGGCCAGACCACUGUGCUGAGCAGCAGCCCCAGUUCAUCUCUGCCACCAGUGACCUUCCCUGAACCAGCAGUGCUGCCCCAAUGCAGCACUCAACCUCAAAUUACCCCCAGCCAGACCACUGUGGAGGUCACCACUUCUGCUCACCCUGUUGCUACAGCAAUGGAAGUUUCACUGACCGAUAAAGUGAAGAAAGCUCCCAAAAGGAAACGCGUGGUGGAAGAUAGCGGGGAGACAGCCAAGCGACGCUCAGCACGUGUUCGAAACACAAAAUGCAAGAAGGAAGAGAAGAUUGAUUUUCAAGAACUGCUUUUUAAAUACCUACCUUCCAGGCUAAAGAAAUUUGAUCCAGAUAAUGAUGAUGAGAGUCUGAGUAACCUUGAAGCACAGUGUGAUGGGAAGGAGAACAUACAGCCUCUGCAUGGGAGCUGCUUGCCUGUUGACUCAGUUGAAUACAUGGAGUCUGAACAACAGGAUGUCCACAACUUCCUUCUCAAUAACAUGACCAAUGGUGGUAUACUGGAUGUGAUGAUGCGGUAUCUGAAGGCAGUGGGGCAGAAGUUCCUGGAGGAGUGGCCUCGGGGGCUGACUGCUGUGGUGCUGGAGGUCUAUCAGACCUGGAGGAAGCACAGCAGUGGUCUUCCUAACCCGCUGCUUCGGGACUGCAGCAACCAACACAUUCGGGAAAUGUUAGCAAUGAGCUUAGCUUGUAUGGAGUUGCAGUUGGAGCAGUGGUUACACAGCAAAGGGAAGAUUGCUGCUCCCAGAAGAAGCAGCAGCGGUCCCAGCAAUGAUGCCACAGACUCUGAAUUCCCUGGGCAGCACUUCCAGGGUGAUUUGUUACUCUUAGCACUAGGUUCAUCCCAAAGAGACCUGUUCGAGGAUGACUGGCUGGAUGUCAUGGUGCGUGUCUACUGGCUAAAGGCACGAUUCUUGGCCCUGCAGGGAGACAUGGAGUUGGCCCUUGAGAGCUAUGAUGUCUGUAUAGGCCUGUUGCCGAGCAAACCAAAGAACCCAGAUGAGAAACAUUACACAAUCAACUUACCUAACCUUCGUGUAGAUGCUGCAAUUUCUGUGGAGGAGAUUGACAAGAGGCUGAAGUCUCUGGAGCGUUGUCAGUCAUUGGAGGAGAUCCAGCGUCUCUUUGAGUCUGCAGACUUUGAGUCCGUGGUACGCCUGCUGCAGCCCACUCUUAAUUAUGGGAGCAGGAGCAAAUCUCUGGAGUUUGUGAGCUCAGCACCAGAACGUCCUGCACAGUUGAUGCUACUGCAGAACUCACUGCUGAAGCUGCAAGACUACCAGCAGUGUUUGGACUGCAGUGAGCUGGCUUUGAACGAAGCCCUGCAGCAGCUCAACUCUGCUUCAAACAGCUCUCCCCCUAGCAAGGAGGAGUGGGUCAGCACCAUUCGAAAGUUGCUGGAUGGCAUUGAGGUCUGCUUCAGCAAAGAGUCUGAGCUUCUGAGCAAUGUUCCCCACUUCUCUAGCAUGGCUCGACUGGCAAACAACCUGAUUCAGCUGAUUGAUCUGAGCAUGACCAUUUCUGAUGAUCCCAAGGAGCCUUACUUCUUCUCAGUUCUGCCUUGGAUCAUCCUGUAUCGGAUUAUCAAACACGAGGAGGCUGCUUUUGACUGUAUGCUCCGACAGCAUAUGUCUGUCGGGGAUGAUGAAGAUGACUCAGACACUCCCAUGCUGCCCUCUUCCCUGAUGCUCCUGAACACAGCCCACGAGUAUCUUGGCCGUCGUUCCUUGUGCUGCAACUCAGAUGGUGCACUCCUCAAGUUCUAUGUUCGAGUUUUGGAAAAAGAGUUCAUUGCCUCCACCAAAAAUGAGUCUCAUCCCUACAAAGAGGAGUUGGAGAUGGCCCUGGAACAGUGCUUUUUCUGUCUCUAUGCCUAUCCCAGUAAAAAGAGCAAGGCCCGCUACCUGGAGGACCACUCAUCUCCACAGGUUGAGCUUCUGUGGAGCGAUGCCCUCUUCAUGUUCCAGUAUUUCAAACCAAAGUCACUGCCUGAGUUUGACAGCUAUAAGACAAGCACAGUGUCCGCAGAAUUAGCAAAUCUGCUGAGGAGGUUUUCUGGCAUCACCCCCCAAAGCGACACUCCCACCCUCAGCAUGGAUGAAGUGGCAGCCUACAUCGAGGACUCAGCAGAAAAGGCCCCAUCUCUUCCUGCUGGCAGUGCUCCUGCACCUCCAAUCAUCAAUGAGAUGUACUACCUGCUGGCUGAUUAUCAUUUCAAGAACAAGGAGCAGUCCAAAGCCAUCAAGUUCUAUAUGCACGACAUAUGUGUGUGUCCCAACAGGUUUGACUCCUGGGCAGGUAUGGCUUUAGCUAGAGCCAGCCGUAUCCAGGACAAACUCAACUCUAAUGAGCUGAAAAGUGACGUACCCAUAUGGAAGCACUCCCAGGCAGUACUUAACUGCUUUAAGAGAGCCCUGGAGAUCGACAGCUCUAACCUGUCUCUGUGGAUUGAGUAUGGGACGAUAUCAUACGCACUGCAUUCGUUUGCUUCACGGCAGCUCAAACAGUGGCGUAAUGAGCUUCCCCCAGAGGUGGUUAAACAGAUGGAAGACAGGAGAGACUCCAUGUUGCAGACAGCAUUUCAGUGUUUCCAGGGUGCUUCCAGUUGUGAGGGUGACAGUGACGAAGAAGAGUGGCUUAUUCACUACAUGCUGGGGAAGAUAGCAGAGAAACACAAACAGCCGCCUGUGGAAUAUCUAAAGCUUUACAAUAGGGCAGCACACUAUCUGCAUGAAGAAGCUGCCAGGUACCGGAAAAUCCAUUACCAUAAUCCUCCUGACCUAGCCAUGGAAGCCCUGGAGUUGCAUUUCCGUCUGAGUGCCACCAUCCUAAAACUUCUUGAGGCUGAUGAGCCUGAUCUGGAACAUGAGUCCCUGUUUACUUUGCUGGUCGAGGCGGCUACAGGGCCUUUUGCAAGGGGGGAAGAGAAGAGUAUGCCAAGUAUACCAAGGAGCCAUGAAAAGGAGAAGCCCCCCUCUAUGAUGGACGAAGACUUUAACUGCUCCUCAGUUUGCAUAGGGAAUGUCCUCGGCUCCUCUCUGCCAUCAGUUGCCACGCCAGGUCUGACAACUCCUCCUUACGUGGCCACGCCAUUUGACCAUGAUUACGCCAAACGCAAAACACUCCGAAGGCAGCAGUGGCAGCAACAACGGCAUGAGGAGCAGCAGGCUGAUGAACGCAGUCAGGACAGUGAGGUGGUGUUGCUUUCUGACUCCAACUCCACCCAGGAUGCCUUCACAGAUCCCGCCAGCUCACAAGACAGCAGCCACAAGCCUGCCUCGGGGAAAGCCAGUUCUUCAUCCUCAGAAAGUACAACCCCUGUGAAGGAUGGGCAGCCCGCAUCUGAAGACACAGUGCCACAUGGAGAGCAUGCUGGUAUCCAGACGGAAGAGAAAGUGAUUCAGGAAGUAGUAGAGGUGGUGAUAAUCCCUGACGCUUCAGCCCCCAAGGUCUCUGCAGACCCCAGUCCUGUGCCUGUCCCAGCCACCCCUCCAAAGCCAGCCACAUCCCAGCAGGCCACUCCUCAGACCCCGGCCAGCGAGGGCAAGAAGAAGCCAGAGCCUCCUGCUGAGGUGAUCGAAGUGCCUAAAGCCCUGCCUGCAGAACGCGCUGAUCAGAGACGAAUGCUGGUGGAAAUGUGUGUCCGUGCUCUGUUUCUCUGCCUCAGCCGCUUUCCUCAGCACUACAAGAGUCUCUACCGCCUGGCCUUCUUCUAUACCAACAGCAAGACCCAUCAGAACCUACAAUGGGCCAGAGAUGUGUUGCUAGGAAGCAGUGUCCCAUGGCAACAGCUGAAGCACAUGCCAGCACAAGGACUUUUCUGUGAAAGAAACAAGACAAACCUGUUCAAUGGCAUCUGGCGUAUUCCAGUAGAUGAGAUUGAUCGCCCAGGAAGUUUUGCAUCUCAUAUGAACCGAUCCAUUGUCCUCUUACUGGAGGUGCUGUCUCAGCUUAAGGAUCACGAUACUCUGCUGAAAGUCUCUUUCAUGCUGCAGAGAACCCCUGAUCAGGGAAAGAAGUAUUUGCGGGAUGUUGAUCGCCAGGUUUUGGCCAAGAGAGCAUUUUUCCUAACUGUAAAAGUCCUGGAGGACAAUCUGAACAGUCUCACAGGGGUGUCUGAGCAGCUUCACAAAGCUCCUGCGACCUCCAUGGGGGAAAUGACCACAACGGACACAUCCAACAGGCCCAGUUCAGAGGACAGCAAGCAUGGAGUGCCUAAGAAGCCCGGGCUCACAGAGGGAGCCUGUGCCGCCGAAACAGGGCCCAGGGAAGCCUCUCAGGCACAACUCACCCCACCACUGCCAUCCACAGAUAAAGUGAUUAAGGUUCAGGAGAGCUGCCCUGGGAAGGUGGAGACUACUGGGAAUGAGGGGAACAAAUCAGGGCCAGAGGAACCCAUGGAACUGGAGUCUGCCCACUGGAGAAAGCCCUCUAAUACAACAGAUUCUCAGGGCAACCAAACAGAGGCUGAGACCUCCCUGAUUGGUAUGGAGCCCCAACAGAAAGUCACAGACAGCAGCCGGACACCAGAGCUUUCUCUAGAGGAGCUAAGUAUCAGUUCCAGACAGCAGCAGCUUCAAGCCUCAGCACCCAAGGUCACCGUGGCAGCCAGCGGCACUGAUCAGGGCUUACUACGAAAGCCAAACAGGAAGAGGAAACUUCUAGAGGAUGUGGAGUCUGGAAAAACCCUACUGCUCGAUGCAUACAGAGUGUGGCAGCAGGGCCAGAAAGUCAUGACCUAUGACCUGGGACGCAUUGAGAAGAUCAUGUCAGAGACUUACAUGCUCAUCAAACAGGUUGACGAGGAUGUAGCUCUGGACCAAGCUGUGAAGUUCUGCCAGAUACAGCUGGCUGCUUCUGCCCAAAGACAGUCUGCAGGCGAUGCCCCGACCACGCCUAAAUACACCAAGGAGCACCGAGACCUCUUCUUCCCCACCUCCCUGCCAACGCCCGUCCUCCUCAGCCACUCCACCUGCCACCCGCUUUCCAACCCGGACGGCCAACCCAAAGCAGCAUACGAGCCCCUGAGCAAGCUGUCCAGACCUCAGACCUCAGGCUUCCACGACCAGCCACAGCACAGGAGAGCAGCCAGCCACUCUGCUGCAGCCAUGGCCUUCCUACCACACACAGAGGAGCGGGAGGAGCCUUCAGAGGGACUCCUGUACCGACAGCAGGAGUCUCACCUUUGUCAGCAGAUGAAACUCGCCUCAGUGUCCCAGGGGCAAGAAUCAACAGCUGGCUGGUUUCAGGAGGAAACGGCCACAUGUAGCAGCACACAACUUUGCCCAGACCAGCAGUAUGCCAGCAGCGACCAGUCGAAGCUUCCAGACCCCAGCCGAAUCCGCUCCCGCGUCCCGCCCAACAUGCCAAAGCUUUUCAUCCCUUCCACCGUCACCAAGUUCCCACCAGAGAUCACGGUAACACCUCCCACACCCACACUUCUCUCCCCCAAAGGCAGCAUCUCAGAGGAAACUAAACAAAGGCUUAAGAACGUCAUCCUGUCGUCCCAGUCUGCAGCCACAGUCAAGAAGGACACCCUGAGUCAGCCGGCGCUGGAGGUUCAGGAGACCUCCAGCCAGGAGUCGUCUCUGGAGAGCGAGUCGGAUGAAGAGGACGACUACAUGGACAUCUGAGCCUCUGAAUGCUCAAACUGAGCUUCAGUCACAUCUUGGCCUAACUCCGCCAAACCCUGCAUUCCCCCGUCUUAAAAAAGGAAUGGUUCAGGCCAUCGCAGCUGUCUGUGUUGAUGCGGUUGUUUCUUCACGUGCAUUGCAAACAGAAAACAAAUGCCGUAUUCUCAUGAUGAUGGUGUUUCUGACAGACGAUGAUGGCUUCAGUCUCACAGCAUGUCUGUAAUGUGCCAUUUAUGCAUUUCACACAUCAGCUUAUUGAGCUCUCCUGCACCCACUGGACCCGGCAGAACAAAGACUCCGAGCCUUUAAAGCCAGCCGGUCGCCUGUUUAUGCAUCUUUUUGUACGUCGUGUGCUAACCGUAUCUCCAAGCCGCAGCUAAACGCUCACCCAUCUGAGGUGCCUCAGUCUGGAUCUACGCUCAGCAGCAUGCACCCGCUGCCCUCCACUUCAGCAGUUUACUUUAGCAUGAGACUUUCAUCUCCACAACGCGCUGCAUCGGUACAUGACGUAUUUCUAUGAACACAAAGGUGACGUGAGGACAGUCGAGGUUCGUCUGUGGAGCCGCACAGCCUCACAACCUGUAGCAGAUUGGAAAUGUUUACACUUAACGUUCGGGGUGUUUUUCAGUUUGCACUUAACUUUGUGCUAUUUUUGUACUCACUGUAAUUCUUGUUCUAUUUUGUCCUCUCUAUAUUUUUCUUUUCUUUCGCGUGCAUUUGUAGCUAAGAGGAACAGUUCUUACCAGGAAGACGUCCUGUCACCAGCACUGAUGUGAAUGAAACGGAAAGAGGUUUUUAGUUCUUACAAAUCAGCUUUUGUACAUAUCACAAUCCAAAUAUCUUUCCAAUCCGUUUGGCUUUAGUGGGCUCAGCAUGAAGCUGGAGAAGCGAGUGCAUGUGUGAGGGGGUCGCUUCAUUUCCAGUCAACUCAGGAAACGACUCGACGCUGCCAGACGCUGGUCUUUCCUGGUUUCAGUGGAUUUGAAAUGCGUACUGAGGAGGACUUUCUAAUACAGAUGCCUUUCCUUUGAAACACACUUCUAGCUUAACUCAGAGGAAGACAGCCGAAUGUUUUUUACAGAUUGUUUUCUAUAAAAGAUAUCAAAGAAAGAUAUUUACUGAUUAUGUUUCUUGAAAGCUGUAGAAAAAUAAUUUUUAAAAAAGGGCACAAAUGAAUAAUUGUAAACUACCACCCUUGUUAAAAAAAAGAUUUUCUAUUUUAGUUCAUUGUGUUUUUUUGGUGUAAGAUAGUUUUGUAUUGAUCUUCUGGGAAUGUACCACAGCUAAAGAGGUGAGCAGGGUGAAGACUUUAGCUCGGCCCGGCCCCUGGUGCAGACUGCUGGAGUGGAACUGUUCUCUGUGUCUGGACUGAAUGCAUUAUAGAUGUCAAACCAAAAAUAUAUUUCAGAAACACAUAUGUGAGGUGUGAUUCUUGCGUCGCAUAGAUGAUGGUUUUGUUUGUAGAUCUCGGUCCUUCUGGGUCUUGUGGACGCAUAAAUGAGGUUCCAGAUUGGUUACAGCAGCUGUUCCUGCCAUAACUAUUGGUUCAUUAUAACACCUGUGGACGCAUAAUGACAGGUGAUCGACUGAAAACUACUUUUUCUAUCAUUACUUGUUGAUGUUACGAAGCAAAAGAAAAACACACCUACAGCGUGCUUAUACAGUCUCAUAACAACACACAAAAUGCUUCAUUUUUGUCACUCCCCAGAGAGAAUAAAAACAUUCUUCUACUUUUUUCCACUUAUUAUGAACUAGAGAGGCUCAAUGCGUCAUUCAUCAGCAGAUGAAGCCUCAGCGUCGGCCCAAAGUGAACACUGACACAGAUUUAUGGUUUGGUUUGAAAAUGCUAAAUGGAAAUAAAUAUGGUGCAUUUUA